AGCUGUUGUCAGUUGAUUGCAGAGAACGGCGCGAGCGCACGUUCCAUAUUUAAAUUUUUAAAUUCUAUUGUUUUUGUUGUGUUGUGUAUUAUAUAGUUUUCUGAUUUCAAAUGGAGUGGUUUACUACAGAAGAUGGAAAAUACAGAAUAGAAUCUCUAUCAGCUGCUACUUUCCCUGGUGCAUUAAGAGUAAUUAGAGAAGCCUUCUGUCAAGAUGAGUCAGUCUGCAUCGGCACUGAGGUGAACAAAAACCCGGUAGCAGCCGAAGAACUGUUGGAACUUUGCGCAGACGCAGCAUUAGACGGUGCCUCAUUGGUAGCAGUCGCUACUGAUACUGGAGAAGUCGCUUCGGCUGCUUUUAAUAAAUUACAGGUCGCAACGUCAGAUUCUGCAGAGAAGCCUUUCUUCGAGGUUUUCGCGGAAGAACGUUGCACACAAGCAUCUUCACGGGCGCUCAUCGAGUGGAUGGCAGAAGUAGACGGCAGAUGUAAUUUCUUUGAAAAAUACAAUGUGGAUUGUAGUCUCGAAAUAAUGUUCCUAGCAACACUUCGCGAGCACAGACACCACAAACUCGGCACAGUUCUAUGCAGAAUCUCUAUUGAAUUAGCGAAGCAGUUGAAGAAUGGUCCCGUUUCUCAAAUGACGGUGCAAGAUUUGGGACCUAAUUAUUCGAAUAUGGUUGCUAGAAAGCCAGUGGCUAAGAUACCGAAGAUCUGUCAAGCCUUGUGGACAGCUGAACCGACUCAAAAGAUUGGGAAAGUCCUUAAUUUUGAAGUCGGUAUACGUGUGUCUUUCAACGACUUCUACUAUGAUGGAAAGUCCUAUUCGGAAAGGUUGGGCAAAGAGGUGUUUGCUGAAGCUGCUGCGUUGAGGGUUUAAACCUAAAGUCUGUGGCAACAAAUGUUGCCAAACAUAAACUAGUGAUCAUUAGAAAAGUAGAAAAUGCAUUUAAAAUCGUAGGCAAUAUUUAAUCGCAUAGAUGUACUAUAAUGUACGUACAUAUUAAUCAAUAUUAAUAAAUAUAUGUUUAUACGUAAUAUUAAUAUGA